GUUGAUACAGAAACAUCACAGACAUGGGCGAAUCACGUAACGGUAACGGCAACGGCAACGACGCUGACAAUUACCAUCCUGCUCCACAGUGGCUAACUGUUUCCUAUGUGGAGAACAUUCUGCGUGCUACAAAAAAGGACGACGAUCUCAAUAUCACCGAUCUAAGCAUUAAGCCAGCGACGGCCAAGGGUGAAAAUUAUGCCAGUGUUAUGACUAGAAUCAAAGUGGAUUAUGUGCGCAGUGGUUCCAAUGCAUCGGAAAGUGAAAACUUCAUUGUAAAGACAACAUAUGAGAAUGAUCCCUUCAUUUCGGGCAUAUUUGCCAGCUAUCAGGCGAGCACCACCGAGAUGGUCAUGUAUGAUAAGAUUCUGCCGCAGUUGAGUGCACUGUUGGAUGGAACAGAUAAAUCGGAAAAACUAUUUGCAAAGACGCUUUACGUGGAUUACGAGCAUUCGGCCAUCAUCUUUGAGGAUUUAGCAAUCUGUAAAUAUGCUAUUGGGGAUCGUCUAAUUGGCUACGACUUGGAAUUCACAAAGCUGGCUUUGAGGAAGCUGGCCAAGAUGCAUGCUGCUGCUGCCGUGUUCAACGAUCGUCAACCAGGUUUGCUGACCAAACUCGAUCAUGGCAUUUUCAAUCGCCAUUCGCGAGGAUUCGCGCCGAUGUUUGAAAACUUUUUUGGUGAGGCCGCAGCCUUUGCUGCUGAGUGUCCAGAGCUUGGCAAUGUUUAUGCCGAUAAACUGAAGCGUCUGAAGAAAUUGGUUAUGGAAUACACUGAACGUGUCUACGACCCUAAGGAUGAUGAAUUCAAUACCUUAACGCACGGCGAUCUGUGGGUCAACAACAUAAUGUUGAGACCAAAAACCGAAAACAGGGAUCUGGACAUGUUGCUCAUUGACUUCCAAUUCUCGGCCUGGGGCUCACCAGCCAUAGAUCUUCAUUACUUCUUUUCCACUUCACUGCAGCCAGAGCUGCGAAUUAAACACACAAAUGCUUUGAUUGAAUACUAUCAUAGUGUUCUAGUGGAUACGUUGCGGGCAUUUGACUUUACUGGCUAUAUACCCACGCUUCGUCAGAUGUGGUUACAAUUGGAAAAGGGCAAAUUCAUGGCCGUGACUUCUACACUUACCUGCCAGGCUAUAAUGAUCAACGAUCAGACUGCCGACGCCGAUUUUAAUGCCUUGAUGUUGGACAAUGAAAGAAGUCGCAACUUUAAGAAAGUGGCCUACAACAACAAGAAACUUCGUGAGAACCUUAAGCAUUGGCUGCCUAUUUUUAACCAGUGUGGUCUGCUCGAUGUCCAAGAAUGGGAAUAGUACUUAGUUCUAUUAUUUUAUUAUAACCGCCAUAUCUACAUAUUAUUUUUUUAAUCCUGGGAUUAGCAAAACAUAUUUGUAUACAAUAACUAGAUUAAUCAUUUAUUUUGCAUAUAAAACAUUGAAACAAAUCUAAAUACCGAAAAACAA